GAGAACCCGGGACACUGCCCACACAAAAAAAACAGGCAAGGACAAAAGAUGGAGAUAAUUAGGAGGAAGGAGGCAGAUGAGUGAGAGAUCUGAUGACAAAGGUAAGUCGGUCAUUGGUAGAGUCAUGAGCUUUGAUCAACCUUUCUUGAACAUCAGCAGUUUGAGUCAGAAGGGCUGUAUUUUUCAGACGUAACUCUUUGACCUCUUCAGUACCAGGUCCUUCAGACUGAGCUUUGGCCAGUUAUGCCUUCAAUAGUGCCAUUUCAGCAUCCUUUUUCUGAACAAGUGUUGUUAGUUCCUCCAGUUCACGCUUCAGUUAAUCUCGUUCAGCCACUAAGUGAGACAUUUUACUUAGUCGUCUUAUUUGACCCUCGAUGCACUCACACUCGACUAAGGUAUUGAGAGAAAUUGAUUGUUUAACUGUGCCAACAGUACCUGGUCCCAGUGAAACUUUCAGAUGAUCGAACACUUUUAUGAGAAAGUAUCCAUAUCUCAUUCCAUGCUUGCCUUUACGUUCUAUCACCGUUUUGUGCAUGUGUUCCAACAUGAGUGCUGGCAGAUUCAAUGGGUCGAACUUGCAGAUAGAUUCCAUUAGGAAUAAAUCUGCUGAAUUGGCAACUAUACGCUUCUCAGAUCGAGAAAGAACCACCUUGUUCACAAACUCAAACAACAAUUAGUAUUCCCCUUUCAUAAGCUUUUUCUGAAUACCUGCACGAUGCGGAAGCUUAGAGCACUCAUUGGCAAAGUGUUGAGUGUAAAGUUUUCCAACCACGGACCUGAUCCCUUCUCUAGGUACCUCUAGAAUCUCUCCCAACAGCUCCUCAUUUAGAUGCAUCAUUUUAUCUCCCACCAAAGUAUAAAGACUUCCAUCCUCAUUGAACUCCACAUUGUAAUAGAACUCCAUUACUUGGUCUUCAUGCAUUACAUGAGAUUUAGUCAUGAACAGGUGAGUCCAUGAUUGAAUCUCCACUAGAUCCGCCAACGAGUUCAUUCCAGGUUUCUUAAGGAUCCUGGGGUAAAAAAAUCUCCCACCCAGGACCUUCUAUGCAUGCAGAUUGCUAACAAUAUCCUGCUUGGUGUCGUCCUUUCCAUUUCGCUUUCUCUUGGUACCAGCACUUAACAACAAUGAUUCUCCUUUUCUUUUUCCUGUGUUGAGGAGUUGGUUGAGCAAAGUAAAACUUAAGCCAGAAAAGAAUUCUUAAAGAGUAUUAAUGAUAGGUUCUGAGGUCCAAUGAAUAUUUGCAUCAAAGUCCUUCAAGAUAGAUGUUAAUAUAUCUGACAUGGUUUUGGCUUUCUACUUUCAGAUCAAACUAAAGCUAAGAAAUUGAUGAAGCUAAAAGCAAUUCUUUCGUCCAUAAUAGCUUUGAUGAUUCUACUCAUAGCCAGCUUUUGCUACAUUUACUAUAGAAGAAGGAUGGCAAAAAAAGCAGGUAUUUGAUGAAUGAAUCUUACUCUGGAAGAUAUUUUCUUUUAUACCAUUUUGAACUUAAUUUCAAAGGUCAUUCUCAAUCAGAUAAAAGUAAAGGUACUCAAGGGGCACAUAUAUCUCUUUGGCACAAAGCUGAAGGAGAAGCGAAAGUGUUGAUGAAAGAAAACAGUGAUGAAGCUAUUGAUGUUCCAUACUUUCACUUGGAGACCAUUUUGGCUGCUACAGACAACUUCUCAAAUGCAAAUAAGCUCAGACAAGGAGGAUUUGGUCCUGUUUACAAGGGUAUCUUUCCGGGUGAAAAGGAAAUUGCAGUAAAAACGUUAUCCAGUCAAUCAGGACAAGGCAUAGAUGAAUUUAAGAAUGAAGUGACUCUAAUUGCAAAGCUUCAACAUCGAAAUCUGGUGAGGCUAUUGGGCUAUUGCAUCAAUGCAACGGAACAAAUACUACUUUAUGAAUAUAUGCCGAAUAAAAGUUUAGAUACAUUCAUAUUUGGUGAGUUAGCCUUAUUAAGUUCCUUAUUCUCAAAGUCUUACAUUUCUUAUAAUGAUCUAAUUUUAUUGACCUACCAAAUUUUUUCAUGGUUAUGAUGCAAGAUGGAGCACUUUGUCAAUUAUUGGAUUGGAAAAAACGUUAUGACAUCAUAUUGGGCAUUGCACGGGGUCUAUCUUAUCUUCACCAUGAUUCACGACUAAGGAUCAUUCAUAGAGAUUUAAAAACCAGUAACAUUUUAUUAGAUGAGGAGAUGAACCCGAAAAUUUCAGAUUUUGGCUUGGCAAGGAUUGUUGAAGGAAAAGUAACAGAAGCAAAUACAAAGAAAAU